CUCUGCCCAUUGCAUCCUGCGCCACCGCCCAGUGCCGGCCAAUCGGCGCUGCCUCCGGCCCGGCUUCUCCAAAAAGCAAUGCAAAAAGCAGGAAGCUGCGCCCAGAGUCGCUGCAAGAUGUUUUUGCUUUCGUUUCUUGGCUCUGCGUCCUGGGUCACUGAAGAACCUGCAGAUCCCGAUCGGGGACAGGAGGACGGAAAAUUAUCUCAGAGGUAGUUGGCGCCCUGUUAGCUGCAGCAUGGGAAACACAAACACUAAACUGCCACCUUCACCCCAGCUCCCCACAAAGAAGCCCCUGGGAGGCUUGAUCCGUGACCUGCAAGAGGACAUUGUGUGCUCCAUCUGCCUGGAAACCUUUAACAACCCGGUCUCCAUUGACUGCGGGCACAAUUUCUGCAGAGACUGCAUCUCGGUCCACUGGAGUCAACCAUCCCUUGGGUAUCGUUGCCCCGAGUGCCGCCAUUUCUGCAGCCGAGAGAGGAUGAAGACAGACACGCGGCUGAAAAUCCUGGUGGAAAAAAUCAGUCAGAUGCCUGUCCUAGAGAUGGAAAGCGAGCUGGAGGUCCCGGCAGCUUCUUUCCAGUCAACAGAGCAAGCUGUGCAGCUGGUGGGCCUGGAUGAUGAAGGGAAUCUGUUCCUGAAUGAGGAGGCCCUGAGCAGUUGCUUUGAGCAAGGGGAGGUGAAAGACGCUCCCGUCUGCCUGAUCGCCAUCUUUGGGGAGCAACGGCGUGGCAAAUCCUUCCUGCAGAAUUUCCUCUUGCGGAGGCUUCAAAACAUGGGAGCAGAGGAAGCAUCAUGGAUGGGUCAGGAAGAUGAACCACUGACAGGAUUUGAGUGGCGACCUGGGACAGACAGCACCACCAAAGGGGUGUGGUUGUGGAGACAGCCAUUUUGGAUCACCAGUGAACAGGGGAAGGUAGCUUUGUUCUUGAUAGACAGUGAGGGGUCUUUGGAUCUGGUGAGAAGCACGGACGUUAGCACCAAGCUCUCUGCCUUCUCCAUGCUGCUCAGCUCCUACCAGAUAUUCAAUGUGUUCACCAUGAUGAAGGACACAGAUUUGGAAUACUUGGACAUGUUUGUGUAUGUAGCUGAGAUGGUGGGACAGGCCUGCGGCCUAAAACCCUUCCAGCAACUUGAUAUCUUAGUCCGUGAUUGGUAUUUUCCACCUAAUUUUGGAUUCCAGGCAGGUCAGGCAUACCUCCAGGAAGUCAUACAGAAACUGGAGUCUAAUACUUGCAGGCACCCCCAAGCGCUGGAGACCCUCAAAAGCAGCGACACCCACUGUUACUUAAUGCCCUUUCCUGGCAAGAAGCUGGUGACUGGAACUGAGGGUACCUUGGCAGACAUGGAUAAAGAUUUUCGGGAAUGUUUGGAGGAUUAUGUAAGUCACUUAGCCCGAUCAGCUGGUACCUAUUUAAAGAGAGACCAGACGGGGUCAGCUCUUACUGGAGCCCAACUUGCAUCGAAGAUAAAGUGUUUCUCGCCUAUCAUAAAACAGCAACAACUUGGUUUUGCUCCGGCUGUGCAGAUGGUCGUUGCCUCAGCCAACCUGAAGACCAAAGACUCCCUGCAGAGAGAAUUUGCAGAAUUCAUCAAGCAGCAGGAUCAGCUCUCACGCCAGCUGUUUGCGGGCCUAAAAAUCUUGCCCAGCACCAUGGCACAGCGUCUCAGGGAAAAGGAACAAGAGCUGGUCAAACAGUGUGAGGCAACACUACGGGGAGACGAACAAGAACAGACAGAAACCAAAAUUUUGUUGGAGUCCUUCCUGCAGAGAGAGACUAAGGAUUUCCUGGAACGUUACGGCCGUCGUUACAGAAACCAUGCCCUCACGGCUGGAGUUGCUUUUGGAGUGGGUGCCGUAGGGCUGGCAGGCGGGGUCAUUGGAGCCGGUGUGGCAGGCGCCAUCUUGGCUGCAGAAGCCCUUGUGCUGACCACUGGACCGGCUGCCACAGUGGCCAUUGGGGCCUUGGCGGGAACAGGAACCUUUGCAGUGGUUGGAGGCGGAGUAGGGGCAGGCGUAGGGAGAAGCAUAGGGGAGCGUAGGGCACAGGAGGCCCAAAGCUUGUCUGAAAGUAACGUGGAGGUUGAAGAGGGGGAAGAGGAUAUGUCAGACCAGAGGUGUCUCAUUGGUCAGCAGAACUCACUGUAGGAUUGGCAACAAAGCUGGCCUGAGGCCUACCCUUUUUUUCUGCAGCCAGGGGGUAGAUUAUACUACAGGCUGCACCUGCUUUCUGUUGUCACAGAAAUAUUUCCUAGGGAUAAGGGAGAUGAUUUUUUUUUACAUUUGAUCCUCUAUCCCAGUGGUGG